CACGGGUGGAAUAGCUCAACUGAGCAGCGAGACAGGCAGAACAUGAACCAACACAAACUCAUAUUGCUACGGGCUUCAUCAAGGUGACCUUCCUGGACAAAUUUUCCAUCGAAAUUCACUUUCUUACAGUUGUUUUUGACACGCCGGCAUUGAAACUUGUUAUCCCCAGUCUAUUCCCUCAGCGAAUAGCUACACAACUGGAUCCUCCAAGAUAUCCACCUAAUUUUGCAGUAGGUGUCUGCCAGAACACUUGGACAAUCGAUAGGUUGUACGCCUUUUUCUUAUAUGUGAGAUGAAAACCUAUAUUUUGUUUCUAUAACCGUGAAGUGUCAUUUUCUAUCUAGUGCUACGAGUAGUAUCAUUCACACCACUGGGCAAACAGUUAGGCUCGGGUACGAAUCAAAAUAUAAAUAUUUCUUUGUCCAAGCUAAUUGUCAUCAUACCUCUAAGUGACGGGUACACAAGUGAAAAACAACUGAAGUUUAUCAAUCGUGUUCAAUAAAAAAACGAGUAACGAAACGGUCUCAAUCAACAACGGUUUGCAAGUAUUAGAAGGCAGUUAUAAGUCUAUCAGGAAAUCGCAAUUCACUAAAGAAGUGAUUUAGUGCUAAGCCGAGCCUUGCAGCAGACAGAAGGCGCUAAUAUUCGGUGUAACUUAUUACCUAUUACGAGGUGCGUGUGAAGCAUUCCAUAAACGGAGAGUGGUUCCGACACCCCCAGAAAAAUGGAUUUGGUUAAACCUUUUAUGGAUCUACGCGUUGAUAGAGUCAGCAAAAAAAUCCGCGAACAAUGCCAGGAACUGAUAUUGUCAGACCGACAGAUAGAGGAACUGAUGCGACGGAUGAUCCUAGAAAUCAACCGUGGGCUACGAAAAGAAACACACCCCGCAGCUGAUGUCAAAUGCUUCAUCACCUACGUACAGGAUCUGCCAAAUGGAAAAGAAAAGGGAAAGUUUCUGGCUCUCGAUCUUGGCGGCACCAACUUCCGAGUGUUGCUGAUUCACCUCAAAGAUGAAAAUGAUUUCGAAAUGUUGUCGAAAAUCUACGCCAUUCCACAGAGUAUUAUGCUUGGCAGUGGAGAACAACUGUUUGAUCAUAUUGCAGAAUGUUUAGCUAACUUUGUGAAGGAACAUUCAGUGUAUGAUGAGCGACUACCUCUGGGCUUCACAUUCUCAUUCCCGCUCACACAGCUAGGUUUGACCAAAGGUAUUUUAGCCCGAUGGACGAAGGGAUUCAAUUGUUCAGGGGUUGUAGGUGAGGACGUGGUUCAACUCCUGAAAGAUGCCAUUGCCAGACGAGGGGAUGUUCAAAUCGAAAUAUGUGCCAUUCUCAACGAUACCACCGGCACACUGAUGUCCUGUGCUUGGAAGAAUCACAACUGUAGAAUUGGAUUGAUCGUCGGAACCGGCAGUAACGCGUGUUACGUUGAAAAGGUAGAAAACUGCGAACUGUUCGAUGGUUACAUGGAUCCUACCAAACAGCACGUGCUUAUCAACACCGAGUGGGGUGCGUUCGGUGAUAAUGGUGCACUAGAUUUCGUGCGGACAGAGUACGAUCGAGAGAUCGACCACUUUAGUAUAAAUCCCGGCAGACAGAUCCAAGAAAAGAUGAUCUCCGGUAUGUAUAUGGGCGAGCUGGCUCGCCUGGCCAUUGUGAAGUUCACCAAAGCCGGAUUGCUGUUCGGCGGUGUUGGCUCCGAUAUCCUGUUCAAACGUGGCCAGUUCUUCACCAAGUAUGUGUCUGAAAUCGAAUCAGAUAAACCAGGUACCUACAAUUACUGCCGUGAUGUGCUAGAUGAGUUGGGAUUAGAGCAUGCAACGGAUGAGGACUGUGCGAACGUACGCUACAUUUGCGAGUGUGUAUCGAGCAGAGCGGCCCAUCUUGUUUCGGCUGGAAUUGCAGCGCUCAUUAACAAAAUGGACGAAAAAAGCGUAACCGUUGGUGUUGACGGUUCGGUGUAUCGUUUCCAUCCAAAAUUCCACGAUCUGAUGACCCAAAAGAUCAGACAGUUUGUGAAACCAGGCAUCAGCUUCGAUCUCAUGCUGUCGGAAGACGGUUCGGGCCGUGGUGCGGCACUAGUAGCUGCCGUGGCGUGUAGAGAGCCUCACUAAGGAAUACUGAGUUCUUAUCGCCCUCACCAAACAAGAUACACAACUACUACACUAGUGAUUUAGAAAAUAAAUUGUAAUCGAAACAAAGCAAAACACACAGCAGGUAAAAACAAACAUUAUUACAUAAUUGUAGUAGGAAGUUUUAAGCGUAUGCAGAAAACUCAACUAUAAUUCAAAGUAAGUUGCAAAAGUGAUUAGCAGGAUAUAAAGAUAUAUUAGUUAUAAAUAAAAGCAAAACAGAAAUAGGCCCCUAAAUAUGCGCGGCAAAAUUAUGUCUCCACGUGUUGAGUUUAGUUGUACAUUAAUUAGCUUUAAAAUGUUUUUAAUGUAAUAAACCAUUAUACAGGUCAAUCAAAAUUCAGCAACCUCGUCAAGCGGUCGGAACGACUAGAUCACCACCGUUUUUAAUUUGCUCCACUUUUUAAACAAUUGUCAACUAAUAAUGAUUAGUGCAAAUCUAGCCACCGUAAACUAUUUUUAUUUCAGACAUCAUUGUGAUUCAGACUAUUGUAAAUACAAUCUUCUUUUAAUUAAAAUUAAACAAAAUCAAGCUCCUCCGAGUCCAGUCUACUGUUUCAGGUGACCAUACCCGCGCAGAGAAAUUGUACUUCUACUAUUGCAAUUUUUUUCUUAAUUCAAUCAUUGAUUUAUAGGCUAAAUAAUGCUUUCAUUUGCGGAAACCGUCUCUUUUAGACAAAUGUUGAAUUAUAUAUGAUAGCAUCAAAUGCUAUCCAUCGACGGUAUGGGUCAAAACAAUAUAUCAACUGACUGGAAGAGACGAAGACUUUUCCAUGGUUAAGUUUUCCACUAACUGUAGAGAUGAUGCUAGAUCGUACAGUGUUUAGUAUUUAGUUCAUUACGUUUAGCGCAUGCUUAAUACAAAAAUCAGUCAAUCAAAUUGCGGUUUUUACGGUGUGCAAAUAUUGGAGGGCAUACAAACCUUUUUCAGCAAUAGACUGAAAAUUAAGAAAAGUAAAAUAUUAAUUUAUAUAUCAAUAAUUGAAAGAAGCAAAACAAUAGCAAAGUGUACAUUACUAAGAGUAACAAAAAAUAUCAUAAAAGCUAUUUGUAAUUCGAUUUAAAACAUAAUUUAAUGCAAAGGAAACUAUUAUAAAGCUGUUGAUCGUGAAAAAAUAAAAAUAAAAUGCUAUUGAUCGAAAAA